AUGAAAGUUUGGCUGGAUAUGGACGAAGGUAUGGGAGACGACAGUAUCACCAGAAUGGCUGAAGCAGUAGAAAAUGCAGCAGUUGUUUGUUGUUUUCUUACGCCAAGUUAUCAGAAAUCAAUUAGUUGUCAAGCUGAAUUAGAAUAUGCCUUUAACCGCAAAAUACCUAUCAUUGCAUGUAUAGUUGGUGAUAAAAAUGAUAAGACAUGGCAGCCCUCUGGCUGGUUGGGAUUUAUAAUCAGUGGUCACUAUUAUGUAAACUUUAAAGACGACUCUGACUCAAACGUUCAAUUGAAAGCAAGAGAACUUAUUGACAUAAUAAAAACACAAUAUGGACCCCAAAUCGUUCAAAAUGACAACGAUUAUCCUCGUGAAGCAUUUCCUCCUUUACUAUCUAUAACAAGUACUCAAAAUCUCAACGAAAUUUUUCAAACUAAACUUGAAUCUCAUUCAAUGAAAGAUUUCAAAAAUUAUUUUCUUGAACAUGCUAAAUUAACAGAAAAAAUCGAAUGUGAUGCAAAUGUAUUAUUAACCGAUGCUCAUCUUUAUGAAUUAAGUCAAUUCGAUUGGCCUCAUCUUGAAACAAUUCGUAUUCGUGCAUGUCCUCAUUUAACACCAUUUGUUAUGAAUUAUAUUGAACAGAUUUCUAAAAAACAAAUUGAUCGACAAAUAAAUACUAGUGUCGAAUUAAUAUUACACUCUCAUAAUACAAUAGAAAAUAAAAGCGAUUCAAUUGAUAAUACUAUUGCCCAACUUGAACCAUUCUUUGGAAAAAGUAAGAAAAUAUCAAUAAUAAAAGUCUUAAUUUAUCAUGCUAAUAGUCAAAAUGAUUCUAUGUUAUCAUCAAAACAUAUGAUUAUAAAUCAAAUACAAAAAUCAAAAGAAAAUUCUUCUAUGUUACUUAAUUAUUUAUCAUCAAUACAUGAUGAAUGUCAAGUAGCAUUUCUUGAAUGUGCCAGUUUCAUACUAUUCAAAGAAUUAUAUACAGCAUUUCAUCCACAAAUAAUCUAUAUGAUUGUUUCGAAUGUUGACGAUCUACUCAAAUGUUUUUUCUCACUUGAUUGUAAUGCAUCAUAUUCAAUUUUACAAAAACAACAAAUUCGAUUAAUAAUUCUUAAUAACAACGAAUCUAAUGAACAAUUUUUAUCUAAUAUAUAUUUACAAUUAGAAUGUCUUUCCAAGUCAGCUGAUGAAAUUUAUUCACAAUAUAUUAAUGAAACACCAGAACAUAUAGAAGAAAAUGAUGAUUUUCGUCGCAAUCAUUAUCUUACUAGUCUAUUACAUGUUCAAACAAAAUGCACGAUGUUAAAAAAGAAAUUAAGUAAUGAUCAAUGUUUGAUAUUUCGACAAAAUGAUUCAUCAUUAAUAAUAAAAGAUUCAAUCAAACAUUGCAAACUUUUAUAUACAUUUGAUAGUAUUAAUAGUAUUACAAAAAUUGAAGAAAAAACUAAAGUAUUCGAAACCAAUGAACCAAUAAUGAAACUUGUUAGUGAAUUAACAAGUAAAGCAAAAGAACAAAAUUUAGAUUUAGCAAUACAAAGUUCAACAAAAAUAGCACAAAUUUAUUAUGCAUAUAAAUUAGUUAAUGAUCAAAUUCUCGAUCUGUAUUCUAUAUCGAAUGGUAAAUCAUAUUUUAUUUCGGAUAUUCAAUGGUUUUGUGAUAUAAUUAAUAAUCUUUUUAAUAUUGAAACACAUAUUAAUCGAACAACUGAAUCUAUUUUAAAACAAACUCUUGGUACAAAUAUUCAUUUGAUUUCAAAAAUUGAUUUGAAAAAAUUAAUAAUUAAUACAGAUGAAAUAAAUUUCUUUCAAUGGUUAUUCAAUACAUGGAAUAUUGCUUAUCCAGUAUCAUUAAUAGAUCAAAAUGAUAAUAAUAUAUUUGUUCUUUUUAAUUCCAUAUCAUCAGAAUCAUUUGUUCCUUUAAAUACAAUAUGGAGUAAAUCAUGGCCAGCAAAUGAAUAUGAAUUCGAAAUUUAUUUUCAUUUAUUACAUCCAUGUGAUAUAUCAAUUCUCUUUCAUCUUUAUAAAUUAUUUCCAUCACAAAAAUUAUUGCUUGCUUCAAAAAAUUUCUUAUUAAUUCAAGAGGGUGCAAUAGAAAUUUUAGUUCAAUAUCAUCAUACUAAUCAACAAACAGAUAUUAGUAUUACUUUUCGUGCACUUAAUUUAAGUAUAACAGAUAGAAAAACUAGAUUAAUACAAGAAUCAUUUCAAUAUGUUCUUAGAGAAUAUUAUAUCAUUAUUUGGGCAUUUUUAUUUAAACAUGAUUAUGCCUUUAAAAUCGAAGAAAAAAGUAAAGAUUCUUCUAAUCUUUUUGAACGAAUAAAUGGUAAUGAAUUGAUGUAUCAUCAAUGGAAAAAUUUGGCACUUUAUCAUUAUUCACCAACACCUACUCUUACUUCGACUUGUACUGUAUGUGGUCUUCGUUCUACAGCAAAUAAAGCUCUUUAUGAUUCAUGUACAAUAUUAUCACCUUCACGAUAUACAAUAGAAAAGAAAAUUGAUACAAAUGAAAUAGAUAUGAACGAAGAUCAAUCGAGUUCAUUAAUAUUUCAACUUGAUACAAAUCCAUUUUCUUAUAUAGGCAAACAUAGUAUGAGACCAGAUGGAUGUAAUUCAUUUGAAGUUAUGUUUUUAACUACUAAUAAUGAGAAUGAACAAUCAAAUUCUCCAAUAUUCUCAUCUAUUCAUAUAGGAUGUUUAAUGAAUAAUUUUGAUAUAAAAGAUGAUGAAAAAAUACUUUUUAAAUAUGGUAAUGAAACACAAGAAAUUUAUAAUGGUUUACAGUUACGUAUUAAUGUAUUAUUUACUGAUAAACCGAAUAUUUAUGAAUUAGUAUUAUCAAUUAAUGAUAUACCAUGGUCUCGUCAAACAAUCAUACGUAAAUCAACUCAAACAAUGCUUCAACCAUUUAUUCAAAGUUCAGAAAUUCAUAAAUUUGAACAAAAUAUUCAUUUGAUUAUCCGUUAUAAUAAAUCUGCACUUGAUAAAGCAAUUAUUAGUCAUUCUACAUUAAAUACAACAAAAAAAAAACCAUGGAAAGUUGGUAUGCGUCUUGAAGCGAAAAAUCGAAAAAAUCCAACUAUAUUAGCUAUUGCUAAUAUUAUUGAAGUUUAUGAUGAUAAUCGUAUACGUAUCAAUUUUGAUGGAUGGACAUCAACAUUUGAUUAUACAGCUGAAAUUGAUAAUUCUGAUUUUCAUCCUUGUGGUUAUUGGGAAUAUGUUCAACGUGUUUUAUAUAAAAAUGUGAAUACAUCGAAAAUAAAUCCACAUUUUACUUUUACUCGUUAUGAUAAACCAAAAUUUUAUAAUGAUUCAUUUAGUUGGCGUAAUUAUUUAACAGAAAAAAAUCAAGAACCAGUACCAUUCGAAUGUUUUAAUGAUAUACAAACAGAAGGCAUGCCUAUCGAAUAUUUUCCACAUGGUAUAACAAAACCUACAUUUACUUGUCUUUCAUGUCGUUAUUUUUAUAAUGUCCGAGUUAAAUAUCAUAAAAUGAAUACGAUCAUUCAAAACGAAAUAGUUAAUAAUAUACUUUAUGAACAUCAUAUAGAAUCAGCUAGUCCUACAUCAACCACAAGUCCAGGUGUAGUUUUAUUGCCAACACCAUUUGAUAUAUCAACGUUUACAUAUCCAUGUUUAAAACAAUUUCAAUACUCAUCAGAUUUGUUGGUUCAUUUAACAUGCAAUCAUCGAAGUAUUUCUCCAUUGGACUCAACAACUAUUAUAUCGGGUGCACAUUUAAUGGAUACUGAAGGUGAUCAAAUACAAAAAGACGAACUUUCUAUGCCACUAAUUACACUCUGUAUGCUAACUGCUAUUGAUCUCGCUCGAAAUCAAAAACGUCCAAUAGCACCUUUAACAUCAAAAUUAAUUUCAAAUAAUAAUAAUUUAUUUGACAAACGUAUUAUUGAUUAUUAUAUAAGACGUUGGCUUGAUUUAAGUGCUUUUAUAACAUGUUUUCAUUCAACAAGUUUUUAUAAUAGAGGAUCAUUAACAGUAAAUUCAUCCCAAGCAAAUGCUAUAUCAUUGUAUACAUCAUAUAUUGAUUCUGAUUUAUUUAUUAGUCUUAAUAGUGGCCUUUCAUCAAUAACAAUUAAUUUCUCAACACAAUUAAAUACAACUAAAGAAAAUCAAUUUGGUAAAUAUGGUGAAUGUUAUUAUUGUUGUUUACUUCGUAAAGAUGAAAUAAAAGAACAAUCCGAUAUAUCAUUAGAAAAACGUUUAGAAUUGAUUGGUGACUAUGCAUCAAGCAUAUUUUAUCUUGAAUUAUAUGAAAAAGAAAAAAAUUUCAUUAAAAAUGGUUUAAUAUUAGAUAAUGAUUUUUUUCUUAAAUUUAAUGGUUUAGAAAUUAUUGAUAUAACAAAUAUAAUUAUUGAUCAUUUUCAAUUAAAUAAUGAGAAUAUAUAUUGUUUAAAAAAUCUUGCAUAUCUUUCACUUGAAAAUAAUGAUCUUUCAACGAUUGAAAUUGAUUUUAAAUAUCUAAAUGAAUUAACCUAUAUAAAAUUAAUUGAAAAUCUAUUUGAAUCAUUACCAUUGAAUUGUUUAUCAUCAAAAUCAUUACAAACUAUUGAAUUAUCUAAACUUGGUCGAUUAAUUGAAAUUGAUUCUAAUACAAGAUUUUCAUCAAAAUUAAAAACAUUGUUAAUUACAGAAAGUAUAUUAACAACAUUACCACAAACAUUAGCAAUAGAUGCUCAAAAUAAAUUAACUAAAUUAACAUUAAAUGGUGUUCCUUGGUGGGGAGCCACUGGCUUGAAUGUUAAUGAAAUUAUUAAAUAUGAUUCAUUUCUUAAAAAAUUUGUUACAUUUCUUGAUUCUGAAGAAUUAGGAAAAAUUUAUCGCAUGUAUGAUGCAGAUGUUAAUGGAGUUUUAUCAUAUUCAGAAAUUAAUUUAAUGAAUGCUCAUAUAUAUCGUUAUAUUCCACGAUUAAGAUCAUCCAAUACAAAGAUUCCGAAUUCUGGUCGAUCAUCUGUUGAACCGACACAUACAAAUGAAUCUGAUAUGUUUAAACAAGAUUCAUUUAGUACUGAUCUAUCGGGUAUUCCAUCGGCAAUAUUUUAUCUUGAAAAUUUAAUUGAACUUACAAUUGAAUAUCAAGGAAUUAAAGUUGUACCAGAUGCAAUCAAAAAUUUAAAACAUUUAGUUAUAUUUAAUGUAAAUUAUUGUAUUGAACUUGAGACAUUAAGUGCAUAUGUAGGAUUUUUACCACUUCGAGAACUUAAUUUAAAUGGAUGUGUUUCAUUAAAAACACCACCAAUAGAAAUUACACGUCGUGGUCAUACACAAACCAUGGCAUUUUUAAAACGAUUGAUUAGUGGUUCAACACCAUGUAAAAGAACGAAACUUAUGUUAGUUGGUCUUGGUGGAGCAGGCAAAACAAGUUUAGUACGUGCUUUUCUUAAAUCACAUUCAGAUAAACCACCAGAAAUUACCGAUGGCAUUGAUAUUGUCAAAUGGAAAGUACCAUUAAAUCAACCUGAUGAUUUUCUUGAAUUUAGUGUAUGGGAUUUUGCAGGACAAUCUGUUUAUUAUCAUACUCAUCAAUUUUUUUUGGCUAAAAAAGCUGUUUAUGUACUUGUAUGGAAUAUUCGUCUUGGAGCUGAACAUGCUGGUCUUGAUUUUUGGCUUUCGUCUAUUUGUUGUCAUGCACCCAAUGCACCUAUAUUUGUUGUUGGUACACAUUCCGAUUUAGUAUCUCGUAUUGAUCUAUGUCAAGAUGAUCUUAAACGACGUUAUCCUCAAAUAACUGGAUUUUUUAAUGUUAGUACACAUACACAUGAUAAUAUUAGGGAAUUGAUUGAGGCUAUUAUUAAAACAACAUUAGCAUUACCUUAUAUGGAUGAACAAAUUCCAAAAGUAUGGCUUACUUUUGAAAAAUUAAUUUCUGAAUGUAAGGAGGAUAUACUGAAAUAUGAUCAAGUAGCAGAUAUAGCUCCUAAUGCUGGCAUAAUUGAUCCAGGUGAAAUUCUUCAAUCUGUACAAUUCUUAAGUGAUCUUGGUUCUUUACAAUAUUUUUCUUCGGAACAUUUGAAAAAUUAUGUUGUUAUUAAUCCACAAUGGGUUAUUAAUGUUAUGGCUUGUAUUGUUAGUAUUAAAGAUAGUCCUGUCAAAAAUGGACGUCUGUAUCAUUCAGAUAUCGAUGUUAUUUGGAAAAAUUAUGAUACACAUUUACAUCCUUGGAUUUUGAAAUUAACUGAAGCAUUCGAUUUAACAUUUCCAGUACCUGAUCAAAAUAUGAAUUUAGUACCAUGUCUCUUACCUGAAGAAGAACCUGAGUACACAUGGAAUAAUGAUGUUAAUGAAACAGAAAUACGAGAAAUGAAGAUUACUUAUACAUUUAAUUAUUUACCAGCGGGUUUAUUCAAUCGAGCACAAGUUCGUCUUUUUCAAUUUUCUGAUAAAUCAACAAUUUGGCGUUAUGGUUCAUUAUUGGUGAAAAAUAAUCAUCGAGCAGUUGUAAUUCGUUUCGAUAAUCGUCAUAUAAUCAUUAAAAUUCAAGGUGUUCGACCACAUAAUGUUCUGUUUUUAAUUCAUGAAGUAUUUGAAGGUCUUGUUAAUGAAUCAUUUUCUGGCGUUACGUAUGAUAUUGCUUUUCCAUGUCCAGAUUGUCUUGAUUCACGUAUAAAUGAACCUUGGCAAUUUCCAUUUUCACUUAUCAAUCGAGCUAUUGAACUUAAAUCACCAUUUAUUCAAUGCCAUCGAUUUUUUCAUGUUGCAUCUGUUACUGAUUUACAAGCACUUAUACCACCCGAUAGUAAAAGUAAUUAUGAUUUACAUUUAGAAUAUUCUGUGAGUGAUCUUAAAUCUUGUAAACAAAAUAUGGCAGUUGAUAUUGUAUAUAUCUAUCCAUCCGAACAUAUUCCAACGGCAUUAGAAAUCAAUAGUAAAAUUGAUCCGAGAAAAAUACAAAAUGAUUUAACAAAACGUAAUUUAACUGUUUGGACACCGGAAUUAAUGAAAGAUUUUAAAAUUGAAAAUCAUUAUUUAGUUAUUAAAGAAGCACGAUCUAUUAUAUUUGGUGUUUCAACAGAAUUAGUAAAUAAUGUUGAUAAUAAAAAUUUAUAUGAUGCUUUUCAAAUCAUAAAAAAUAUUUUACGUAAACCAAUUAUUCCAGUUUUAUUUGGUAGUGAUAUGAAAUGGCAAGAAAGUAAUAUUGGUAUUGCAUUAUCAGAUACAUUAUAUGUUAAUAUGCAAGAUCCAAAACAAUAUGAACAUCGUAUAAAAGAAUUAACUAAUAGAAUUGAACGGGAAAAAAAUAAAAAUAAUAAAAAUCAACAAAUGCGAGAUCAACCUACUGAUGCUUUUAUAAGUUAUUGUUGGAAGAAUUCACAUGAUGCUGUUAGUAAAGGUACAAAACCAACUGAGACGUCAAUCGGUUGGGGAGAUCCUCGAGUUUUAAGAGAUCGUCUUGAAAAAUGUGGAUUGAAUGUUUGGAUGGAUAUUACUCAUUUAGGGAAAAUCGGUGUACUUCAUGAUAUUGUUCAUGGUUUAAAAAAUACAAAAGUUGUUAUAGCAUGCGUAUCCGAUGAAUACACACAAAGUGAAGUUUGCCGUAAUGAAUUUUUAUUUGCAAAAAGUACCUUAAGACUUCCUAUUAUAUUGGCUAUAUUUGGUACUGGUGAUAAAUGGCGAACAACAGAAGUUGGCAUGUGUAGUCUUACAUGUUCACAAGUGAAUUUUCAAUUUGACAAUCCAAAUGCUUUUGACGAUAUCUAUAAUUAUAUCCAAAGUAAUUUACCUAAACAACCAACUUCAGCUAGAGAAACUUCAUUGAACGCCAUGACAAAACCAGACACUGAAGAAAAAACUAUAGCUGCUUAUCAAGAAUUAUUUGAAUUAACACAACGUAAAUUUCUUCGUGUAACAUGUGGUUUUGCUGAAACGAUGAAUGCUCGACCUUAUCCUCGUUUAUUUGCUGUUGAUUUUAUGAGGUAUAAAGACAAAUCAGCACAAGAAUUAGCUCAUAUUGAAAUGGCUACUCAAAUGAAUACACAACAAGCACAACAGGAUGACAAAGACAAUAAAGAACGAGAUCUCGAAGUUGACCGACAACGCGAUGAAGAACUUUUACGUGAACAACAAGAAGCUGAUGCAAUUGCAGAAACUGAUUCUAAAGAAAAAGCAAUCGUCAAAGAUAAAGCUAAAACAUUAUGUAUACGUACACUUUGUGAAAACGAAGAAAAUUGGCAUCCAGCUGGAAAUCCAUUUGAAAUUACUGAAAAGAUUAUCAUACAAAAUAGUACAUUAUAUUUAUCACGAAUAAUGCUUCUUCUUAAACACAGUAAUUUAGAAUUAGAAAUUCUGAAUAGUGAUGAAGGUGAAAUUGAAUUACAAAAACUUGAUGAAACUGCAAAUUCUAUGACUAUGGAGAUGAAAGAUUCUUAUACAUAUUUACGUCGAUGGAUAAUGGAUUGUGACUUAAAAGAAAAAUAUUCUGGUCUGAAACAAUGUCUUAUGCCAUCAGGUAAAGUUUUAUGGCUUUGUGAAGAACAUCAAAAACAACCACGUGUUGUACUUGUUACCGGUUCGAUUGCUGUUGGUUAUACUGGUCCAAAAUGUGAAGAACAGAGUGAAAUAAUGAAAGCAUUAGUGAAACUUAAUGAACGAAUUGCCAAUAAUGAAUUACCUCCUCCUAGUGCCAGAAUUUCUACUACUGAAAAUGUUCGUCGUUUAUCAACACAAAAACAAUCACAUAGUAGACGACUUUCACAUCAGUAUAGUCAGCAAGAAUCUUCAUCAAUGAAAUCUCAAGGACAAAGUACUGCAAUAAUUGAUAAAAAUAUUGAAAAAAAUGAUGAUGAAAAUAUCGAAACAACUUCGAAUGAACUAGAAAAUGAGAAAGUUUGUGAUGAAGUCGAAGCUGAUAUACUACGAGUUCAAGGUAUACGAAGUGCUCGAUGUUUAAUUAGAUUGACAAAUUUAUCGGAUAUACUCAAACUUGUUUGCAAUGAAGUUAAUGAAAUAAAAUCGAAUGCUUGUUUUCGAUGCAAAGAUGAUGAGUUUAUUAACAAACAAGGUCUACGUGAAUUAGUAUUUGAUUAUGUACGAGGUGAUUACAAAACAGCUGAAGUCACAUAUAAGGAAGCAUUAGCAGCGUUACAAGAAUCAUUAGGACCAAAGCAUAUUGAAGUAGCUGAAGCGUUCAAUUCAAUGGGUCUCGUAUUAGAGAAGAGAGCUGAUGACGAUGAAGCAGAAGAACUCUAUGAAAGAGCAAUGAGAAUUGCGGGAGAUACAUUCAGUCCUAAUCAAGAACAUUAUGAAUUGGGUAUCUAUUACAAUAAUCUAGCAGAUAUUCAUCGAAAAAGAAAUAAUUAUGAUUAUGCUCUACAUAUCUAUCAACGAGCUUUGAAAAUGAUUGAAAAAACGCUUGGUUCUGAACAUUCAGAAGCAGCCGAAAUCCUUCACAAUAUUGGACUAGUUCAACAUCAACUCGGCAAUUAUAAACAAGCCAUUGUUCAUAUUAAUCGAGCACUUGCCAUUAUCAAAAAAGAGUUCAACGACCAACAUUAUAAAUAUGGAUUUUUUCUUAAUUCUCUUGGUCUUGUUUAUGCAAUGAUGAAUGAUUACGAUACGGCUUAUGCGCAUCUCAAACAGGAUCUACAGAUUUUAUUGGCUACAUUAGGUAUGGAUCAUAUUGAAAUAUGUGAUGCCUAUGCCAAUUUGGGUGAUAUUUGCAUGAAAAUAGUAGCCGAAAUGGAUAAUAAACCGAAGAAUCAACAAGAGAAUCAAGAAUCUACUGAAAAACAGGUUAAAUUGGAUGAAGCGAAAAAAUACUACUCAGAAGCUCACAGAAUCGUUCAGAAAGCUUUUGGUAAUGAACAUAAAAAAACGAAACAAUUUCUUGCGCUUAUGUUCAUUGUUGAUAAUUAUCAAGCUUUGUAA